UGGGCAAGCCGCCAACGCUGACGAAAGCUGCUUAGCGCAACCAGUUGCCAUGGAUACAGUCAGGGGCAGCACCUUGUGUGUGUGUGAGAAAAAAAGAGAGAGAGAGAGGGAGGGAAAACCAACAGGCAGCGUCAGACAGAACCAGUGAGGAAGAUAGAGAACACCAGGCUGCAGGACAGAGAGAGAGUGAGAGAGACAGAGGGAGACAGCCAGAGCAAAAGAGUGAUAGAGUGAUAGUGAUAGCUAGAAGAUGGAGGUUCAGUCAGAAUGCGUUGAGCCUCCUCCUCCUCCUCCAUGCGAUCCCCAGCCGCCAGGGAAGAUCAACAAAGCAGCCUUCAAGCUGUUCGGAAAACGACGCUCCGGAAUGGCCGGAUUCUUCUCUUUCAGGAACAAAGGAGUCAACAGGAACGGGAAUUCUGUGAAUGUGAAUUCUGUGGGGGCGACUAACGAGCUCGUCAGGAGUAAAACGCAUGACGGACUAACGAGCUUGGAACCAGACGGACAGAGAGGGGAGGAGUCCGGAAUAUCAGAGGCGGGACAGGUGAGGUCUCUCAGCAAAUCACUGAGCUUCUUUUCGCUGCUCAGACGAGGAAGUAUGAGAGCCAAUGAGAAUACAGGGUUUGGGAGAAGGGGGAGGGGUUUAAAAGGCUUCUUCAGUAGUAUGAAAUGGCGGCGGAAGGAGAACGUGACGGAGGGAGAGGGGGAGGUAGCGGAGGUGAGAGAGGGGGAAGUGAUUCUAACAGAAGAAGUGAAAGACAUCACUCUGACCCUCGAACCCCAGCCCCGCCUGCCCCAGGAGGAUCAUGGUAGCUUGGAGGCUGAGCAAAACACAGAAUCGGCAGGAACCUCUCCCUCGAACAACGCCACGACACCACUCACGCACUCAAUCGCCUUGACUACAAACCUGUCAGAAUCCCUCUAUACGCCAUCCCCCUCCCCUCUGCGCACCGUCCUCCACUCAAAACCCAAAACGUCAAUUUCCUCUGUAACGGCCAUCCCCCCUCUGGAUCAGUGUGACCCUCCCUCCGAACCCUCAGUGGACCGGCUCUGUUCAGUCCUCUUCACUGACGUCACUUCACUCAAGAGCUUCGAUUCACUGACGGGGUGCGGUGACAUCAUCGCAGACGCAGAGGAGGAGGGGGCAGGAAACGGUGGAGGAGGAGUAGGAAGUGCUACUAGCAGUAGCACUAGUAGUGGGGAAGGAGGAGGAGGAGUACGAAGCUCCAUUAAUACCCAUGUCACCCCUUCCACCCCUACCUCCACCUCCGCUACUGCCUCUGCCCCUGCCCCCCUCCAUGCCAGGGCACGGCUGAUGCCCUCUCACUCUGCCCCAACUCAGCAGCCCUCUGGCAGCAGCGUGGUGGCCUACAUGGGGGGUGGGGAGGAGAUGGCCAGCCCUGACGGGGUGGACGACGCAGACAUGCAGGGGCUCUGGCACAUGCUCCCCUCUGGGAGAGAAAACUCCCCCACCUUCCUCCGAUCCAACUCUCACCUGGCUCCCCCGAGGGGUACAGAGCGGAAACUCAGCCAGGUCAAAUCUCUGGGACUCAGCAAGAUCCCUGUAGUGGGGGGAGGAGGGGGAGGAAGGGUGACUAAACUCGCCGCUUGCCAAACCUCCUCGUCCAAUGAGAUGGAGACUAAGGAGGAAGUCCCGCCCCAACAGGAUGUCCCGGCUCUUAGGGAUGAGGGCUACUGGGAUACGCCCUCUGCAACCCCCACGGCAACGCCUGACAACGGCUUCUUGCGGAACCAAAGGCUUGGCCAAUUGUGUGACAGUUGCUCUGGCGAUGCGCUCUACGACCUCUACAACGAGGAAUUGGAAAGAUCUGAUGACGAGGAAGAGGAAGAAGAUCUGAUGAGUACACCUUCAACCUCUGCAUGUGAGUACAAACUCAGCCCUCUGGCCCGGACUACUCCUCCUUUCUCCUCCUCCUCUUCCUCUUUCCACUCGAUGAAGGGAAGCACUAGCCUUCCCCGCGAGUCCAAAAUCCCUCUUAGUGUCAGACAGAUCACACCCCCUCACUCUGUGAGCCAAUCAGCUCUUUCCUCUGUCCACGCAACCGCUCCUCCCUCUGACACACCCACCCAUGCCCCUCCCCUAGCCCGGACCAGAAUCCCUGUCUCCAAGGUGCCAGUCCGUCGCCCUGGGAACAAGGCCGGCAACGCUACACAAGGGCCAGCCCCCAGGAAGUAGCUUUGGACCAGGCAGCCAUGAACUUUGGUGUCUUUGGACUAAACCUGUGUACACCAUCACUGGUCUUAUGUGUAAGACAUUGCUGGACUGGUGGGUUGUGGAAGGCAUCAGACAAUGAUAGACACUGGAAAUAAAGUGAGAAGAGCUCGAAGCAACACUCCCUUUGGAUCCUAGUGGGUCACAAGAAAACUAAAUAAACUUUGGGUGACAAAAAAAGUUUGACAUAUUGUAACCACUGAACAUAAGUGCUCAACAUCACCGGACGUGUGUGUUCAACAUCACCGGACGUGUGUGUUCAACAUCACUGGAGUUAUGUGUAUGGGACAAGAAACUUGGCAACUCUUCAAGUGGGGGAAGGGAGCGCACCGAAAAGUUUGGGAUCCACAUUUUUAGACAACUCUCAUCGCUUCCUGACCAGAUAUGCAAACUUUGGUCAUAUAAAUCAACUGCACUACACACCGCUAGGAAGGACCAGAGCACCUUUCACACCGCUAGGAAGGACCAGGGCACCUUUCACACCGCUAGGAAGGACCAGGGCACCUUUCACACCGCUAGGAAGGACCAGAGCACCUUUCACACCGCUAGGAAGGACCAGAGCACCUUUCAGACUGCUAGGAAGGACCAGAGCACCUUUCACACCGCUAGGAAGGACCAGAGCACCUUUCACACCGCUAGGAAGGACCAGAGCACCUUUCACACUGCUAGGAAGGACCAGAGGACCUUUCACACUGCUAGGAAGGACCAGAGCACCUUUCACACCGCUAGGAAGGACCAGAGCACCUUUCACACCGCUAGGAAGGACCAGAGCACCUUUCACACCGCUAGGAAGGACCAGAGCACCUUUCACACCGCUAGGAAGGACCAGAACACCUUUCACACUGCUAGGAAGGACCAGAGCACCUUUCACACUGCUAGGAAGGACCAGAGCACCUUUCACACCGCUAGGAAAGACCAGAGCACCUUUCACACUGCUAGGAAGGACCAGAGCACCUUUCACACCGCUAGGGAGGACCAGAGCACCUUUCACACCGCUAGGAAGGACCAGGGCACCUUUCACACCGCUAGGAAGGACCCGGGCACCUUUCACACCACUAGGAAGGACCAGGGCACCUUUCACACCGCUAGGAAGGACCAGAGGACCUUUACCUUUUCACUUCAAGUCCUUUUUUCUAAAACACAGAUUUUAUAUGAUACGAUGUGUUUAAUCUAACAACAGCCUAAUAUAAUUAAACAGUUUGGAAUGUGUCAUAAUCUAAUCUGUAACUAAUUACCUCCUAAUCCCAGACUCCAAUCCUUAAUCUGUAUCUAUAAUUUUGUCAUGCCAUUUAGCAGACCUUUUUAUCCAAAGUCAUUUACAGUAAUGCAGGUGGGAGGAGCUAUAUGAGGGCGGGCUCAUUGUAAAGGCUGGAAUGGAAUGAAUGGAACAGAGUCAAACAUGUUGUUUCCAUAUGUGUGAUACCAUUCCAUGUAUUCCAUUGAGCCCAUCCUCCCACCAGUGAGACAUACAUGCAUAUUAUUAUAUUAUUGUUUAUGAUGGGUGAUCCCGGAAAUCAAACCCACCAUCCUGGCAUUGCAAGCGCUAUGUGCUACCAACUGAGCUACGGUGGACCACCGUCUUCUAAAACCUGAUUGGUUGUACUGAUGACUAUUUGUCCUAAAGUACCAGUGGAUGGCAGUGAUGACAACAUUGCUAAAAUAAAUCAGAGAGAAUGUAUGUAUGUUUACUAAGGUGCACAUGGAGAUCACAGGAUACCAAGAAACAUCCCUAAAACAUCCUCCUUAGUGAAACAUAAACACACACAUGGUCCUCUGGACCUGAUGGACUCCACCACUCAAACGAGCAACUACUGUACUGUAAUGAGUUUACACAGCCGCACUGCAAUCUGGGAAAACAGCUGCAGGUUCAAUCUCUCUGGGAUUUACAACCAUAACAAAUCACCUAAUGGAAAACUGGAAAACGAACUGAACACUCGCUGCAUGAGGUGCCUGGAACACAGGGCACUAGGAUCAGGGAACACUGACGCGCACACACAUUUUAAAUACUUAAUUUGAAUCCACCAAUCAAAUGUACAAAAAAAGGAUCCAAACAUUUCAAAGUCCCUUUUUUGCGUGGUACAGAAAGCAGCUCCUUCUCCAAACAGCUAGGCUCCCCAGAGCCGUACCUAGCCUACUGCUUUGCCCUAGUUUUUGUCAGGCCCGCAAUCUGGAGGCCACACACUGCAAGCCUGUGUACGUGGCCGAGACUGCCAAUUAUCAGGGCCACCAGCUUGCACCUCCACCCGAGGCUGUCCAAGCGUGCCACGAGGGGCAGGUACUGAAGCAGCUUCUCAGCAAACACAAACACAAACACAAACACACACACACACGUCAAGAACUGUCUUUCGUACCAACCCUGGAUUACUUUCUUCUCUACCAGGACACAUCAAUACAAUGCUUUUUUCUACUGAGUACUUUGUUAUUCACUAGUUUUCAUACUCUUUUGUAUAGGACAAUGUUUCAUGAGAUACCGCAACCAACCUUGACUGUGAACACACCAGCUACUUAGUGGGCUUUCGUUUUUGUUUCUGAUUUAUGAAGGAGGUGAGGGUGGGGGCCAAAGCUUGCCUGUGGCAUACAUUCAGGAGUAUAUUUCACCUCCCCCACCCCAAUCCCCAAAUCAGGAGUAACCUUCACCUCCCAUCCCCAAAUCAGGAGUAACCUUCCCCCUCCAUCCCCAAAUCAGGAGUAACCUUCCCCCUCCAUCCCCAAAUCAGGAGUAACCUUCCCCCUCCAUCCCCAAAUCAGGAGUAACCUUCCCCCUCCAUCCCCAAAUCAGGAGUAACCUUCCCCCUCCAUCCCCAAAUCAGGAGUAACCUUCACCCUCCGUCCCCAAAUCAGGAGUAACCUUCACCUCCCAUUCCCAGAUCAGGAGUAACCUUCACCUCCCGUCCCCAGAUCAGGAGUAACCUUCCCCCUCCAUCCCCAAAUCAGGAGUAACCUUCACCCUCCAUCACCAAAUCAGGAGUAACCUUCACCCUCCAUCCACAAAUCAGGAGUAACCUUCACCCUCCGUCCCCAAAUCAGGAGUAACCUUCACCUCCCGUCCCCAAAUCAGGAGUAACCUUCACCCUCCAUCACCAAAUCAGGAGUAACCUUCACCCUCCAUCACCAAAUCAGGAGUAACCUUCACCUCCCGUCCCCAAAUCAGGAGUAACCUUCACCUCCCGUCCCCAAAUCAGGAGUAACCUUCACCCUCCAUCACCAAAUCAGGAGUAACCUUCACCCUCCAUCCACAAAUCAGGAGUAACCUUCACCUCCCGUCCCCAAAUCAGGAGUAACCUUCACCUCCCGUCCCCAAAUCAGGAGUAACCUUCACCCUCCAUCACCAAAUCAGGAGUAACCUUCACCCUCCAUCCACAAAUCAGGAGUAACCUUCACCUCCCGUCCCCAGAUCAGGAGUAACCUUCACCCUCCAUCCACAAAUCAGGAGUAACCUUCACCCUCCAUCCAAAUAUCAUGCUGUUAUUCUAUACCAUUAGGAGUUACAGACCUAUAGACAAUGAGAUCUGAAUGCAGCAUGACGUCAUUCUUAGCCUUACCUCUGGUGUGAAUAUCUUUGUUUUCUUUCACUCUGUUAAUGUUGUGAAUAUCUUUGUUUUCUUUCACUCUAUUAAUGGUAUGAAUAUCUUUGUUUUCUUUCACUCUGUUAAUGGUGUGAAUAUCUUUGUUUUCUUUCACUCUAUUAAUGGUAUGAAUAUCUUUGUUUUCUUUCACUCUGUUAAUGGUGUGAAUAUCUUUGUUUUCUUUCACUCUAUUAAUGGUAUGAAUAUCUUUGUUUUCUUUCACUCUGUUAAUGUUGUGAAUAUCUUUGUUUUCUUUCAUUCUGAUAAUGUUGUGAAUACCUUUGUUUUCUUUCACUCUAUUAAUGGUAUGAAUAUCUUUGUUUUCUUUCAUUCUGUUAAUGGUGUGAAUAUCUUUGUUUUCUUUCACUCUAUUAAUGGUAUGAAUAUCUUUGUUUUCUUUCACUCUGUUAAUGUUGUGAAUAUCUUUGUUUUCUUUCACUCUAUUAAUGGUAUGAAUAUCUUUGUUUUCUUUCACUCUGUUAAUGUUGUGAAUAUCUUUGUUUUCUUUCACUCUAUUAAUGGUGUGAAUAUCUUUGUUUUCUUUCACUCUAUUAAUGGUAUGAAUAUCUUUGUUUUCUUUCACUCUGUUAAUGGUGUGAAUAUCUUUGUUUUCUUUAAUUCUGUUAAUGGUGUGAAUAUCUUUGUUUAAUUAAUAAACCGCUGUGAUCGCGCUAAUAGAGACGA